AUGUUAUCUCUUGUCCUUGUUGCCCCAUAUGCCGCCGUCGGGGGGCUUUGUACCCUCCUAUACUUUUUUGUCUUCCCCUUUAUUGAGUAUAUCCGUGACCCGAAAGGCCUCCGAAAAUACCCCAACCUACACCCCAUCUCAGGAAUGUCCGUCCUCCCAUUCAUGUUCAUGGCCUCCCGAGGCGCCCGAUCGCAAGAACUGUCAGAACUACACAAAAAGUCCCCGGUAAUACGGACAGGGCCCAACACACUCUCCUACGGAGAUGUCCGCGCAAUCAAGGAUAUCUACGGCCACAACACAAAAGCCAGCAAAGAUCCAUCCUACAUCGUAUCAGCCGGCACCCACUAUCAUCUAGCCGAUGUGGUUGACCGAGCAGAUCACGCCAGGAAGCGUAAGGUGCUGUCAUCUGCCUACGCGCUUAAGAACUUGGAAACGUGGGAGUAUAAAGUUAGUGACAAGAUCGAGCGUUUGGUCAAGCACUUGGAUAAAUGCUGUACAGCAGCGCCGGUGUCAGGCGGUCGUGCUUUCGUGCCGAGCUCAGAGGAUCUCACUGUGGAUAUCCGCGCGUGGAUCAACUUCUUCACGCUGGAUGCUAUGGCUGAUAUUGGAUUGUCCGAGAAACUGGGCUUUCUGGAUAAAGGUAAUGAUAUCUGCGUCGCCGAGCGCAAAGACGGCAGUACAUUCGAAUGUGGCUUGCGGGACGCUUUAUACCCGCUCGCUAUCAAGCAAUGCAUGGUUUUGUGGAACUACGAGUGGUUUCCCAUCAUAAACAAGCUGGUGGACGUGUUUCCCUAUUUCCGGAAUCUUCAGAAAAAGGGAGAUGCCUGGGAACAUAUUAUCUGGCGACGGUCAAGCGAACGUCUGCGUCGAUACGAGGCAGGCGAGAAACUAAAUGACUUCUUCCAAGCUCUGAUGGAGGAUAAAAACGGCAGGCCUAAUAAUCUUGAAUUCGGCGAAAUCGCCGCAGAAGUCAAUAUUAUGAUGAACGCGGGAACUGUGACUACAGCUAUUGCCAUCACCAACGUCCUCUAUCAGCUUAUUCGUCACCCAGAAGCCAUGGCUAAACUCCGCGAAGAGAUCGAUGGGGUCUUGGGGCCAGAUGAAAUAGUUGCUUCUUAUGACACCGUGAAGCAUCUUCCUUACCUACGUGCCUGUCUAGACGAGUCAUUGCGUAUCUUGCCACCGACACCUCACGGCCUCCCACGACAGACGCCACCCGAGGGCAUGGAGAUCCUAGGCGAGUGGGUACCGGGAAAUACCUUGGUCAGUAUAUCCGCAUAUGUCGCACACCACGACGAGUCGGUAUUUCCGCAGCCGCACAAGUUCAUUCCGGAACGAUUCCUCGGUGAGGCUGGGAAGGAGUUGGGGCCGUACUUUAUUACAUUCUCUGCAGGCGCUCGCUCCUGUAUCGGGAGGAAUAUCUCGUAUCUGGAACAGACGAAGGCCCUGGCGACUCUGGUGCAUCGGUAUGACUUUGCGUUGCCGUAUCCGGACUGGGAGCCGAAGCGGUUUGAGUCGAUGAAUCAUAUCUUGGGGGAGAUGCCGAUCAAGAUCUGGCGGCGCAGUUUUGAUGGCUAG